CUUCCGGGCGCUUUCGCUCUGAACUUGUAUGGGUUAGUUCAGUAGAGUAGAUAAACAUUGAGUGAAACGAAACCAUACACGUGUUAUGUUGAUGCACGCAGACAGGUAUAUUAAACAUGACUGUACAACGACGAGUAAUCAGUAAAAACCCAGAAAGUAGCGCCAUUGAAAAGAAAAUUAAGAGGGGAAAUGCGCAGAGACAGGCCUCUUCAUGGAGAGGUAACGUUAACUGGCCCACGCUGUUGCUGUUGAUAGGAGUCACUGGACUAGUGAGCCUGGUGUAUUUCACAUGGACUGGUGACUUCACUCACACUUUGGUGUCAAGAAGUGAAAUCCUCACUCAGCCCAGAGUGUUCACAGUGGACUGCUCUGAAGACUACAAGGAGCACAAGAUAUUCCCAGGUUGCACCCCAACAAAAUGCGGCAGAGCUAUUUCAGACAGUGUGGUGACUUUGGAGGAGGCACAGAAGCUUAGAAGGUUAGCUGAGCGGGGAUUAUCACUUGCUGGCUCAGAUGGUGGUGCCUCCAUCCUGGAUCUUCACUCUGGGGCAUUGUCGAUGGGAAAGCAGUUUGUUAAUAUCUAUAAAUAUUUUAAGAAUGAGAUAAGGGAUGUUUUCACAGAAGAAGAUUUUGAACUAUACAAGGAUGUUCGUGGCCGAAUUCAAAAGGUGAUAGCCGAGACGUUUGGUCUGGACUCCAAACAGAUGUAUCUGACCAAGCCCACCUUCUUCUCUUGCAUCAACAGCACCUCUGCCAAAACCACUCAUGAUGAGUACUGGCACCCACAUAUCGAUAAGGAGACUUAUGGAUCUUUUGACUACACAUCUUUGCUCUACUUGUCCGAUUAUGGUUUGGAGUUUGGUGGUGGACGGUUUGUCUUCAUGGACCCGAAUAGCAACAGAACUGUGGAGCCACGGGCCGGUCGAGUAUCUUUUUUCUCAUCCGGUUCUGAGAACCUCCACCAUGUGGAGAAGGUCGUUUGGGGCACACGAUAUGCCAUUACGGUGUCUUUCACAUGUGACCCCGAUUAUGCCAUUGAUGACCCCUCCCUGCCGUAGGAUCCAUCUGUCUCGAACGGACGAGUGACGGUAACCUUAGGGGAAACAAAGAAAAAUGCUGAAACACUCUCUGGCACUUUCAACAGUCAGGUUCAUGGCAUAAAAAAACCCUUAUUGUCCCAUUAGAAAAAUGUUUGGGAUUUCCUGUGCUCAAAUGGGUUUUGUCUCUGUUUUUAAUUUAAGAGGAGUUUUCAGGAGAUUUACUUGAACUGCUGUCAUUUUAAAGACAUAUAUCUUUGGAGUUUGGAAGGUGUUUCUUUACAAUUGAACUCUCUCUUUCCUGGCUGUUUUUCACUCUUUAAAAUCUUUUAUAUUAUUAUAGUUAAAUCACUGUCUAGACAGACAACACAAAUGGGAUGAUUGAACAGGUGUAUGUAAUGAAAACAAAGGGUUGGGAACCUGAUUGUCAGAUAUCUCUGCUUAUGUCACCAACUGAAAAAAAAUUCUUUGCAGAAUUGCUUUCUAAAACUGCAUAUGCUUCUAAUGAAAUAUGAACUUAUCGGAUAACUAAAAGAACAUUUUAUUCCUUCACAUAUGUCUUUCUACUUGAAUGAAUUUUUUAAGAGAACUUUUUUUGAUAUCUUUGAUACACGAGUGUGUUGUAAUAUUCAAGGAGAGAAAGUUGACCUUAUAUGUCUCGCUUUUUUUUUUUUUUUGAAUGUCUCUAACUUUCCAGUGCCAAGUAUGGAAUUUUGUAUUGUGUAUCUGGUGAGCUUUUGGAAACAUUCCUUCCUUCAAGUGUGUUAGAUAUAAUUACACUGACAUCAUGUGGUAAAAGUCAAGUGCAGCCAAUCACAACACACUUGUGUUGAGCUAAUUGGCUUCUCUGUUUACUGGCCCAAUUAAAAUGGAUGGUUAUUACUUCAUGUAAAGCAUAGGUAACUAUUAAAAUUGUCUCAAAAGUAUGUUUUUCAGACCUUAUGCUAUGAAUCUGUCAACCUGUGGUGAAUUUUAAUGAAUAAAAAAGGACAACGUAGCAUGUUAA